AUGGAAGGCGGCUGCGCAUGCGGCCUCAUCCGCUACCGUCUUGAAUCCCAUCCCUUAAUCGUCAACUGUUGCCACUGCACCUCCUGCCAGCGCGAGACCGGCACCGCAUUCGCCAUGAACGCAGUAAUCGAAUCUACCCUUGUCACGCUCCUCCCCUCUGCACAUCCAACUGUCCCUGCGUCCGCGGAGGGCCCGGCAAAACCAGCCCGCCCUGCCCCGGCAAUCCCGCAUGAAAACCAGACAGUUGAGCCAGAAAUGAUCCCCACGCCGUCUGAAUCAGGCAGGGGCCAAAAGAUCGCGCGCUGCCCUCAGUGCUAUGUGGCUGUUUGGUCGAACUAUGGUGGCCUGGGACCGUAUUGUCGGUAUGUGCGGGUAGGGACGCUGGAUGAGGCGUGGAGGGUUGCGCCGGAUGCGCAUAUUUAUACGGCGAGUAAGAGGGAUUUUGUGAGGUUGGACGAUAGAGUACCGCAGUUUAGGGGGUAUUAUCGCCGUGAGGAGGUGUGGAGCGAAGAGAGCCUCGAGAGGUGGGCGGCGAUUUGGCCGGAGAUCGUGAAGUAUAAGGAGGGGUUGGCUUGA